GGAGGAGGCGGCUGUGUGAGGAGUCAGACGUACCGGCCGGCCCCGCCCUCCUAAGCACGUUUUAUCCCGCUCGACUCUCCGUCCUGUCAGCGCGGGAUGAAUGAACGGCAGCCGGGAGUGAUAACGGGGUAUUACCGAAGGGUGGCCGGGGGUGAUAACGGGGAAUGAGUGAAGUGUGAUAACGGGGAUUAUCGAAGGGUGGCCGGUGGGUGACAGAGUAGUGACAGUACUGCUGAGUGACAGGAAGAGAACAACAUCAUCCAUGGCCGUACAGAGCGCCGAGCAACCCGCUCCUAGCGAGGAGGACUGGCUGGAAAUGAUGAUGGAGAGGAGCUUUACUGACCCGGAGGAGAAGCCUGAGGAUAGUUCCAGGUCCUUGAAGAAAAUAAUUCCCAGGACCAAACUGUGCCGAGGCUUGUAUAACAGAUACUGUGUGCUGGAUGUAAAGGAUGUGCAUGGAGUCCGAGAAGAGAAACAUCUCAUUAUUACAGCCAGCCAGGAAGGGGAGGAUACAGAGCUCUGCAUCCUCAAAGAUGACUGGUUUGAACUUCUUGUAAAGCCUGGUGACCUAAUUCAUCUUGAGGGUGACUGUAUACAGAAUACAUGGACUAUAAGCAGGGACUCUGGCUACCUCAUUUUUAACCCCGAUCUGCUCAUAUCGGGUACCAGCAUAGCCAAUGCCAUACGAUGUUUGAGAAGAUCCGUGCUAAGUGAAAAAUUCAAGGCUUCUGAUAAAGGAUCACGGCAAAUGCUGAUUGGUACAAUGUUGCAUGACAUUUUCCAGAAAGCCACUACACGGGGAUUUGGUGGUGACAUUUUGCAAAAGCUUGCUCUUCAAUCUGCACAUGUACCCAAAUAUCUGAAAGAAAUGUACCAACUGAAUUUAAGCCAAGCAGAUUUAAUGCAAGAAGUGGAAGAAUAUCUUCCAUCUUUUCAAAAGUGGGCAAGUGACUCUGUGAUCACUACUCACCAACACGUGGGGACACUAAACUUAUCAGCUGGUGGAACUGCAGCUCAAGUGUCUGAGUUUCUGGACAUUGAAGAAAACAUUUGGUCACCAAGAUUUGGCUUGAAAGGUAAAAUUGAUGUAACAGCCAAAGUAAAAAUACACCAGAAAACAAAAAGUCAUUUGAAAAUCAUGCCUCUGGAGCUGAAAACCGGCAAGGAGUCAAAUUCCAUUGAGCACAGGAGUCAGGUUAUUCUGUAUACUCUGCUAAGUCAGGAAAGAAGAGAGGAUCCCGAGUCUGGUCUACUCUUAUAUCUGAAGACUGGAAACAUGUACACAGUACCUGCAAAUCAUCUAGACAAAAGAGAAUUACUUAAAAUACGGAAUGGGUUGGCAUUUUAUUUGUCAAACGUAGUGCAUAAAUCCAAUAAUGGAAGUAAAGAAAUGACACUGUCUGCACUACCAACAAUGAUUGCUGACAAGCAAGCCUGCAAAUUUUGCUCACAAUCCCGAAAUUGUGCCCUUUACAGCAGGUCUGUAGAACAGCCAAGUGGAUCCUUCUACAUACCCAGUGAAAUGCUCCCCAUUAUUGAGAAUCAAACUGAACAUCUGAAAGAAUCCCACUUGCAGUACUUCAAUCUCUGGUACCUCAUGUGCUGUCUGGAAACCCAGUCAAAGGAAUCAAAAAAUGGUCGCAAAAAUAUCUGGAUGCAGUCAGCAGCUGAGAGAGAAGACAAUGGUCAGUGUGUCGGGGACCUCAUUAGGACAGAAAGUGUGGAGCCCUUGGCUGAAGGGCAGUACCUUCAUACUUUCCAUCGUCGGUCCGGUAACAUUCCAGCUAUCAAUCUGGCAACAGGGGAUAGAGUUGUAGUAAGUGGAGAAGAUACAAAAUUCCUUGCACUCUCUAGUGGAUUUAUCCGAGAUGUUAAUGAGAAUAAUAUCACCUGCAUUGUGGACAGGAGCCUAGCUAAGAUUCCUCAAGGUACGAUAUUUAGACUCGAUCAUGAGGAAGGAGGGGGUGGUCUGGAUUCCCAUCUAGGAAACUUAUCCAAGCUUAUGGAAAAUUCUCCUGGAAGUGAGAAACUCAGAGAUUUGAUCAUUGACUUUAGAAAGCCUCACUUUGUUCAGUUUCUAAGCUCAGUUCUGCCUCAUGAUGCCAAAGACAUUGUAGCCAACAUUUUAAAGGGGCUUAACAAGCCGCAAAAGCAAGCAAUGAAACGUGUCCUGCUGUCUAAAGACUACACGCUUAUUGUUGGCAUGCCCGGUACAGGGAAAACCACAACCAUCUGUACUUUGGUAAGAAUCCUCUAUGCCUGUGGAUUCAGUGUGUUGCUGACCAGUUACACACACUCUGCAGUAGACAAUAUUCUGUUAAAGCUGAAAAAAUUCCAGGUAGGAUUUCUGCGCUUGGGACGAACGCAGAAGAUCCAUCCAGAGAUUCAGAAGUAUGGCGAAGAAGAAAUCCUCAAAGCCAAAUCAAUAAAGACAUUAAGUGGGUUAGAAGAACUCUAUAACAGUCAGCCUGUUGUUGGGACAACGUGUAUGGGAGUCAACCAUCCAAUCUUCACUCGGCGGAGGUUUGAUUUCUGCAUUGUGGAUGAAGCUUCUCAGAUCAGCCAACCAAUCUGCCUCGGCCCCUUGUUCUUCGUUGACAGAUUUGUUUUAGUAGGGGAUCAUCAGCAACUUCCUCCUCUUGUUCAAAGUGCAGAAGCCAGAGAGCUAGGAAUGAGUGAAAGCUUGUUUAAAAGAUUGGAAAGGAACCAAGACGCAAUUGUCCACCUGAAUGUGCAGUAUCGCAUGAAUAGCAAAAUAAUGUCCCUGAGCAAUAAGUUGGUAUAUGGAGGACGUCUAGAGUGUGCCUCUGAACGGGUGUCUACAGCCACAGUCCAGUUACCUCAGCUGAAGUCUUUAAAGCUGGAGCUGGAAUUCAGGGGGACUCCUGAAAGUGCCUGGAUCAAAGAUGUCCUGGAGCCUAGUAACCCUGUCUUCUUCCUCAAUACAGAGAAGAUCCCCGCUCCAGAGACAGAAGAGAAAUGUGGUGUCAGUAACUUAAUUGAAGCUAAGCUGGUGGCGUACCUGGCAUUUCUUUUUGGAAAGGCUGGCUGUAAACCAUCAGACAUCGGGAUUAUCGCCCCCUAUCGCCAUCAGUUAAAAGUUAUCUCCACUUCUUUUGCAAAGCUGUCCUCCAGCACUGUGGAAGUUAACACUGUAGACAAGUACCAAGGGAGAGAUAAAAGUGUGAUCAUCGUUUCAUUUGUGAGAAGCAAUAUUGAUGGAAAGCUUGGUGAUCUUCUGAAGGAUUGGAGGAGGCUGAAUGUGGCCCUCACACGAGCAAAGCACAAACUGAUCUUGGUGGGCUGUGUUCCAACUCUUUCCCGCUUCGACUCAAUGCAGCAACUAAUCAGCUAUCUGGGGAAUGAGAAUUUAAUUCUUAAUCUCCCUCCAGCAGCUCAUGAGCAUCUCCAUGGCUGAGAAAAUUGUGAAAUGGUCUUCAUCGAUUCAGUUGUUACGUGUACUUUGAACAUAAUGUGAAAUCUGGAUUGGGAGUUUUAUUUUAUAGACUACUAUUGUUUAUACAAACUGAGCUGCUGAUUGAAUCAUUCCAGUGACGCUAAUAAUUGUGCCAUUGUUAAUCUAAACUUGCAUAUUUUUUUUUUUUAUGGACACAUGGAAAGAUUUUUCUCUGCCACACCUAUAAGCAUUUCAAAAAUACCUCAUUUGUUUUAAGCUAAUAAGUUAAAUGUGCAAACAUUUUUAAUACCAUGCAAAAAAUCCAUAUGAUCUGAAAUAUGGAAAGUAUUUUCGUAAUACUUGCUAUAAAUAAGCCAAUUUAAGCUGCUAUGGUAUUUGUUUUUUGAUACGGAUUCUUGUUUGUUUUGAACUAUUUAUAAAAAUUCUUAAGUAUUUUGUAUAUUUAUAUAAUAAUAAAAUGUAAUUUUGUAGAUUUAUGAUAAUAAAAGGUGAUGUUUUGCA